AUGACAGACGCUGAGUGGCCAACCGAAUGCGUUCGCGACAGAGAAGAUGUAUUUUUCGCACAAUACCGUGGAGGAGAGACGGGAUACCGGGAGUUCGAUAUAAUAGCUUGCAUACCCGCCAAUAUCUCUGGCACGCCUUGGCAAGCUACGUACAACCGGCAGGACAUUACCGAGGAUCUUUUCCUCGCAAUUUCGGUGCCUUCAACGUUACGCACUCUUGUUAUGUGGAAAAUCACCGCCCGUUCGACGUUAGGCUACUUCGAACUUCCUAAUACCAAGAACGGCAAUCGCGCCGGGCCGUUACUCCAUGAGCUAUCCUUGGACAGCGCUAGAGGCUCUUCAACCAGCGGAUCCAGUCGAGAUGAGAAACGAGCAACCAACGAAACAUACGCAGGAAAUGUGAGACAACCCAUUGGAAAUCACAUCGGUCCGCUGACUGCUAUUGGACUGGCACUAUUCGGCGAAGGCUCUUUCAUCGAGAGAAGAGUUUCAAAUCCAUCCGCCUUCCUUGUAGAUCGGCCUGAGGUCGAUGAUGAAGUAUGGUUCAGAAAUUUCGGCAACAACUGCCUCGGGAAUAUGCCUCUCAACUUUGCCAUAGGGGGCCCGUGCCUCCGCGACUACGACUACCAGUCCGAAGUCGACGUCCUUGGCCGCGUGAGACAACUAGCUGCAUUCUUUGAUUCGGAACGUUCUGCAAGUAGGGCGUUCACUGUGGCCGCUUUCCUCGCCAACAAGGAGUGGCUGAACCCGAGCCAAUUCCACAGAUGGGGAGGAUUCGACCAAUCGCGGAAUGUAUAUGUCGAUACGGGCGUUCCAACCAAGAAGACAUAUAUCGCGCUUUGGGGGGUCAUCACCGGGUCCGUUUUCCUCGGCCUUCACCUUCUCGGAUUACUAGUGCUUGCCCUGUACGCCUUUUGGAUGAGGCCAUUCAUGCCUUGGUUGGGUGCAGAAUUCGUGGUCAAGGCUGGUACGGCACAUGCUGAUAUUCUGAGCGCUGCCGAAGGGGACAAGCAGUGGAAGCAGACUGUUUCUGCGUGCCCUGGGUUCGUCGGGGACGAGAAACCCACAGAUGAUGUGGGUCGAAUCGCAUUUGGUGCUACUGCUGCCUUGAGCACAGCACGGGACAAGAAGUUUGAGGAGCUAUAG